CACAGCUAGUAGGAGAGACUAAAACUCCACAGAGCAACUGAAGUUUCUCUGUUCUGUUAAAGAUUGCUAUGGUUUAACUGAAGUUAUAUUUCUCUCCUAUCCCCACCCCUCCUUUUCUAGUUCUGUUAAGUGUAGUAGUGUAGGGUUUUUUAUUUUAGGAAGUCUUCCCCCCUCCUUUUACUUGGACUAUCUCAAUCUGCAGAAGAUUGCACAGCAAUGCUGGACUGCAGCGACUACGUUCUAGACUCAAGAAUGAACACUCCGUCAGAAACCAGUAAACCUGUAAAAAUGGAGAGUGGGGAUGGGGACACAGGCACACAGACAAAUGGCCUGGACUUUCAGAAACAGACUGUGCCUGCCGCAGGAGCAAUCUCUACAGCCCAGGCCUUCCUUGGACACCUUCAUCAGGUUCAUCUCCCUGGAUCAAGUUUACAGGCUGCGGCCCAGUCCCUAAAUAUACAGUCUAAAUCUAAUGAAGAAUCAGGGGAGAGUCAGCAGCCAAGCCAGCCUUCCCAGCAGCCUUCGCUUCAGGCGGCCAUACCCCAGACUCAGCUCAUGCUAGCCGGAGGACAGAUCACUGGGCUCACGUUAACACCAGCCCAGCAGCAAUUGUUGCUACAACAGGCACAGGCACAGUUGCUGGCCGCUGCAGUGCAGCAUUCAGCCAGUCAGCAGCACAAUGCUGCAGGCGCCACCAUCUCAGCUUCUGCUGCAACGCCCAUGACACAGAUCCCUCUAUCUCAGCCCAUACAAAUUGCACAGGAUUUGCAGCACCUGCAGCAGCUCCAACAACAGAAUCUCAACUUGCAACAGUUUGUGCUGGUACAUCCUACAACCAACUUGCAACCAGCACAGUUCAUCAUCUCACAAACGCCGCAGGGGCAGCAGGGUCUCCUGCAAGCGCAGAAUCUCUUAACGCAACUACCUCAGCAAAGCCAAGCCAACCUCCUGCAGUCUCAGCCAAGCAUCACUUUCACCUCUCAGCAGCCAGCAACCCCAACGCGCACAAUAGCUGCAACCCCUAUUCAGCCACUUCCACAGAACCAGUCAACACCAAAGCGAAUUGAUACUCCCAGCUUGGAAGAGCCCAGUGAUCUUGAGGAGCUUGAGCAAUUUGCCAAGACAUUCAAACAAAGACGGAUCAAACUUGGAUUCACUCAGGGUGAUGUUGGGCUCGCUAUGGGUAAACUCUAUGGAAAUGACUUCAGUCAAACUACUAUCUCUCGCUUUGAAGCCUUGAACCUCAGCUUUAAGAACAUGUGCAAGUUAAAACCACUUCUGGAAAAGUGGCUCAAUGAUGCAGAAAACCUCUCAUCUGAUUCAGCUCUCUCCAGUCCAAGUGCCCUGAAUUCCCCAGGGGCUGAGGGCUUGAACCGUAGGAGGAAGAAACGCACCAGCAUAGAGACCAACAUACGUGUGGCCUUAGAGAAGAGUUUCCUAGAGAACCAAAAGCCUACCUCGGAAGAGAUCACUAUGAUAGCUGACCAGCUAAACAUGGAGAAAGAGGUGAUCCGUGUUUGGUUCUGUAACCGGCGCCAGAAGGAAAAAAGAAUCAACCCACCCAGCAGUGGUGGGACCAGCAGCUCACCCAUCAAAGCAAUGUUCUCUUGUCCAACUUCAUUGGUGGCAACCACACCAAGCCUUGUGACAAGCAACGCAGCUACAACCCUGACUGUCAACCCCGUGCUCCCUCUCACCAGUGCAGCUGUAACUAGUCUGGCAGUUACAGGCACCACAGAAACCAUCCCCAACAAUACAGCAACUGUGAUUUCUACAGCACCUCCAGCAUCCUCGGCAGUAACUUCACCAUCCCUAAGUCCCUCUCCUUCUGCUUCCACUUCUGAAGCAUCUAGUGCCAGUGAGACCAGCACAACACAGACAACUUCCACUCCCUUGUCCUCAGCAGUUGGGACCAGUCAGGUGAUGGUAACUGCUUCUGGGUUGCAAACGGCAGCGGCAGCUGCACUGCAAGGAGUUGCCCAGUUGCCAGCAAAUGCAAGUCUUGCUGCCAUGGCAGCUGCAGCAGGGCUAAGUCCAAACUUGAUGGCAUCCUCACAGUUUGCAGCUGGAGGUGCCUUACUCAGUCUCAAUCCAGCCACCCUGGGCGGUGCUCUCAGCCCAGCACUGAUGAGCAACAGUACACUGGCAACUAUUCAAGCUCUUGCAUCUGGUGGCUCUCUUCCAAUAACAUCACUAGAUGCAACUGGGAACUUUGUAUUUGCCAAUGCUGGAGGUACGCCCAACAUUGUAACUGCUCCACUCUUCCUGAACCCUCAGAACCUUUCACUGCUCACCAGCAACCCCGUUAGCUUGGUCUCUGCAGCUGCAGCCUCCGCAGGGGCCUCUGGACCAGUCGCCAGCCUUCAUGCCACCUCCACCUCAGCAGAGUCUAUCCAGAACUCUCUCUUCACAGUGGCCUCGGCCAGCGGGGCUGCCUCCACCACCACCACUGCCUCCAAGGCACAGUGAGUUGGGCCGAGCUGUGCUACCCUGAGCUUGUUUCACUUUGCAGUGAGGCUGGCUACCUGCUGAGUUUAGAAGCUGCAAGAUGUGAUGGGCUUCUUCUCACCAUGUUGCUGGGGACACGGAAGAAGAAAAACAGAGGAGAAAACCAGGGGGAGAAGAACAAGAAGAAGGAUUUAAAACUGGGACAAGCAUUUGCCUAAUUUUAUAAUAAACACUGUUUUCAGGAUUGCUUCAUUGAUUGGAGAACUUUCUAACCAAAAAUGUAAAAAAAAAACAAACAAAAAAAACCAAACAAAAAAGGACUACUUAUCAUUUCCAGCAGUCUCAAUGACAAGUUAAGGUGGGUUAUCAACUCAAACAUAGGAACGGGAUUUCUUCUUUCUUUUUGAUUGAAAUAUCUUUUUUUAAUUAUCAUUUAUUGGUCUGUUGUACAGGCCAUAAUGUCAUUCAAGGUGUUUAUAAUCUUAUCAAUCGUGUUGGGGGUUCCUUUCUUAACUGGUACAAUUUAGGCAGGCCUGUAUUACUGAUGUAUCUCUUUAUGAUUAUUAUUAUUAUUAUUUUUAUAUAUAUAUAAAUAUAUAUAUAUAUAGUUUGGACACAUUUGUCUGCUCCUGGAACAGUUUCAGUGAGCUCCCAUGCCACAAAGCGAAGAGAGAAGAGAGGGGAGCAAGUGAAUUGUGAAUGUUCUUUACAGUUUCCUUUUCCUUGGCGGUAUGUUUUUUGGAGACUCUCUCAGAGGUGUCGGUGGCUAAGUGAACAUGUAGAGGGUAAUGUGCAAAGAUAGUUCAUGCUUGUGAGGUGGGAGUUUGGACAGGAAUUUUCUCAGCGUACUUGAGCCAUAUCUAGCUCUCAUUUGCACGUCUUUGGCUCCUGUUGAUGCCAAAAGAGGAAGGAUUUGGCCUGUACAGUCUGUCCUCGGCACUUGUGCUGGUGGCUCGCUCAUCUCAUAAAUGCAUGGAAAUUGCCUCUUUUCAACUUUGGUAAUAUUUCUGUUUUUCACUUUCUCAGGAGGCUGCCUGUAUUGAUAAUAAUUUAUAUACACCUUCUUAUUGGCUGUUUGGCAUAUGGUUUCUAAAAGCUACAUUGGAUCAUCAUCAAGAACAUAUUUCCUGGUGUUUCCAGUAUGAUUGUAUUACAAAUGUUUUCAACUUAAAGCAUUUGUGUUCAGGAAGUAAACCAGGUUAUGUGAACAGGAAGUACUGUUUUAUGCCAAGACAGUCAUAAGAGAAAGCAGCCUUGCAUUCUUGCCUCACUCUAUAAACAGUUGUAGUGUUUUUUGACACUGUUCGCUGCUCUGGGGGAAAAAGGAGUAAGGAAUAAUCAGAAAACUGGCCAGCCUGUUUUGAAGCAUGGUGACCGAUAGCAUGAUGCAUGUAUCUUGCAGCGUUUGAUGCUAUUUGUGGCAAUGCCAGUGACUACUACUACUGGCUAAAUCAUUUAUGGCUGUAAACACCUGUAUUAGAGAAGAGGAAAUAAGUUUCCAAGCAACAAAAGAAGUGAUAUGAGCAAACAGCUGCUGACAAUGGAUAUGAGAGAAAGGGAACAAGUGUCUUAAAUAUUAGGAUGGUCUUAAACUGAAUCUUCUCAUUCAGAGGUUGGAUCACAGCAGUGUACUUGGAACACUUUUAUCCUUUUGAAGUAAAUUGGAAAAAUACAUUCAGGGAGGAAAAACUGCCCAGUGCUUCUUCUCAGCAAGGCUGGGGAAGAGGCCAUUCCAAAGUUCAUAUAAUUGUAAUCUUCCUAUCAAAGCAACCCUGAUAUCAAAAAUAUAGCCACUUUAUUCUCAAUGCCUUCUCUGGUUGGUAACAACAGUUCACAGGCUCUGCAUUAAUUGUAAGCUGGCAAAAAUCUUUGUCUCCUCUCCACAUGUCUUCAUGCUGUUUGCUCUCUAUUCAUCUCUGAAUCUCCAACUUCCUGUUUCACAAGCUGUUUUAAAAAUAAUGAAUUCUUUCUAAAACUAAAAACUUGUGAGCUGCAAGCAGGGAAAUGAGCAAAUGUCCGUCCACCGUCUUUAAUGUGUGUUUAAUUUUUUAUGUUUUAUUUUUUUAAACUAAGCUUGAACCAAAGUCAAUUUCUAGCAAGCUGCUGUACUAAUGGACUAGUUUGUAUAAGUGCAGUUCAGAUGCAGAGAGGUGAUAGAUGCUACUGACAAUUUCUUUUCAUUUUUUAUUUUAUAUUAAAAUUGCUGCUUGUUUUAAUCUUUUUGGUGGGGGGAAUGGGAUAGUCUUUUGUAUAUCCUUUGGGGCAGACAGACUCUUAACUUGAUUACUAUCUAAUUUCCAUGUUUUGAUGUGUAAAUAGAAUGGCAAUGGUAGAUGGUUACUAAUUGAAUUGAUCCUCCAUCCUCUUCAGCAGUUUGACUCAACCAAAAUACUGUGGUGUGACUGUCUCCAGGAUUUCAGUCUUAGCGUACAGUUAUAGUGCUGUGAAUAAUGCUUUGUGUUAAGAUUUUAAAUGGAAACAGCUUGGAGCAGUCAAAUGUGUGAAAUGGUGACAGCGAAGAGAAAGGUACCUGCUACUUUGGUCUAAAGACUGUAGUGUUGGCUAGUUUCUACCAAAGGAAUUAUCAGUCCCAUGUAUUUUGUUGCUGUUGUUCCAUUUAUGUACAUGCACACACACAGAGAGAGAUACACAUGUGCAAACUUUAACAAAGGAAAUAGUGGUUUGGCCCUUUAAAUCAUCACAAAAUAUCUCUCCAGAUUUCAGAGACGUUCUGUUUCCAUUUGGCUGGCUAGAGUUUCUCUUGUUCAUUGUUUGUAAUUGGAGGGUGUGGUAAAGAGAUAUAUGGGCACUAAUGUAUCUCAGACAGAUGGCUAUAAAAAGUUUAACCAUUCUGUUGUAGUAAUGCGAUUCAUAUAAUGAUAUGAGUCCCUUUAACUGUUGUCCUCUUACGACCAUGUCCAAAGAUGACUACAUGUCUCUGAUGUCAUCAUAGUAAGUUAUUUUAUGAAAGUGGAAGUUCAAACACACCCUGCACAACUAGAAUGUUUGGGUUGAAUUGUAUUUAUAUUUCUUAUCUCUGUAUGUUUCAGACUUAGCACAUUUGAUGACCUGCCAUUAUAUUGAUUGUAGCUUCCUGUCUACAUCACAGAGAUAUCACAGUCUUAAAGGCCAUUGCAAUUUCUUGUUAACCAUGACUAUAUAUUUAGCUGUAUACAUCAAUAUGCACACACAAAAAUCAGCACAUAAACUGCACGUUCUAGAAAUAAGGAUAAUCCACUUCUGUUUCCUGAAUUAAUUAUAUUUUAAGCAGAAGAUUGGCUCAGAAGAGUUGGAGAACCUGUCCAAUAAUCUGAUAGUCAUAAUACAUUUCUGUUUUCAUAUGUUAACAGCAGGUCAUACAUUUCCUAUAGUCAUUACAAAGUGCAAUUUCCUGUAAUCCAAAACACUGUAUGACAUGUAUGUCAAAUGUUCAGGACUGCCCGCUUCCUCUUAAUUUUGUAGUUAAAUUAUUAUCUAUUAUCUCAGUGUUCUGAAAACAUUGAUUUUAUUUUCAUGCAUUGGUUAUUCAGUUGUCAUACUCAUUUCAUACACUAUCUUAGUUCUGUUUCACAAAGCACUUCCUUUCAUGGCUAGAGAUUUCUGUAUAUUUUUGUAGUAUAUACUUUAAGAAUGUUUAAGGCUCACAGAAAUAGUAUCUGCCAAGGCAGGCUGGGACAGUUUAAUAGGGUUUUCUCAGUCUCUUCACCUUGUUGAAGGGGUUGAAAGCAUUAUAUCUGUCUCAACCCAAAUACCUUGACCAACUCUUUACACUGGCGUGAUAAUUAGGUGGGUUAUCAAAUAUUUUCAAGCAUGACUGUACUCACGGUAUGGAAUAACAUACCUGUGAAAAAACACAGAGUUGGAUGCUAUAGAUUAGGGUUUUUCAAAUCACUUGUGAUGCACAUAAAAAGUUCCAUAUCUCUUUUGUUAAUACAUGAGACAGUCCUGAACGAUGAAUCUGCUCUUAUUUUGUGCUUCAGUUGCCAAGGAAAAAAACACUUGUGGCCAGAAUAGAUAUUUUCAUUACAAUAAAUUUAGAAAUUAUUUUGAGAGUCACCUAAGAUACUUUUACUGUACAGUUCAACCAAAGGUAGUAUCUGUUGACAGAUUCAAAGGAAGAACAAAAACAUUAAUGAAUUUGCAGUGCCAGAAGCAAAGCUCAGUAGCCCAGCAAUGCCUUAUCCAAAUAUUCCACUUGUUUUAUUAUGUGAGGAAAGAUUAGUUGGUAGAAUUAUUCAUUGAUUGGAAUUUAGUUGUUUCUUGAUUUCUCAUUGAUAUUCUAAAAUCAGAGGAAUGUAGGCUGCCUGUAAUAACAUACAGCCUGUGUUUCAUUCAGUACCCUACUUAGAUUUUGUUUUGUUGUUUGUUUGUUUUUUGGUUUUUUUUUUUAAAAAAAAGCUAAGAUUCACAUUAGACAUAUUUUCUGAUUCUCAGUGCAAAUAUAGUAGUGUAGGUUGUAGUCUUCAUUCGCUGAGUAGAUGUUGGGCUAGACACCCUAAGGUGAGAUUUGGUCUUGGCAUGAGCAGGAAGCCAAUAGAAAUUCACUACUUUACCCGCUACGUUCAUGCAUCCAUAUCUGUUAACAUUGAAAUACUACAUAGAAAGAAAUUGAGUGUGUGAGUACAGAACAGAAAGCAUCGUCUUGUUUGUUGGCAAAUGAUAAGCUUCAGAAAAAAUGCACUGAAGCCGGCAGACUUCUGUAAUCUGCAGCCCUCCAGGUGUUUUGGCGUACAGCUCCCAGAAACCCCAGUCAGUUGUUCAAUGGUUAGGAAUUCUGGGAGCUGAAGUCCAAAACACCCGGAGUGCCACAGGCUGAAGAGGCAAACUUUAGUGAUGUUUCUUUUGUUUAGCAACCCUUUGAAGACAUUUGGAAAAAUAAUACAUUUGAUCUGCCAUAUAAAUCGCACCUAUUUUACUGUAUAAAUUAUUCAUUGAUGGUGUAUUUGAAUAAUUUUGCUUUACAAAAUCAUUAACAUUGUCUUCUAAUGACUGUAUUUUUCAGUAAUAUCAAAAGUGCUUGUAUUUGUGGUACAAUGGCAGUUCAUAUUAGGAAGAUUCAAAUCCAUAUUGUUGGUUGUCUUUUACCAGAAAAGAACAUGUUGCGUAAAAUCCCCCAAACAGGUAAUCUUUUUAUCUCUCACAUUUAGAGCAUGUUUAUGCUCUGUCUGUAUGUGCCUACUUCUAAAAAGUAUGUGCACUUUUUAGAAUAUGAAUUCUAAAAAUAUUCUAGAGGUCCAUAAAUAUGUGUACAUGUGAACAGUUGUAGAUGAAACACUACCAAAGGAGAAAUCCAGCUGGAUGAUGAUGGUUAUGCAUCCCUAACCAAACUUCUCAGGACUUUCUGGCCAAUGUUUUUGCAAAUUUCAUUUCUGAAGUUUUUAAAGCAAUACAUACUUUGAAACAUUCACCUGCAUUGUUUCUACCCCUUGCAGUGAAUGAGCCAAAUCUAACUUAUCAGUGCAGAUCUUAUUGUUGGUUAAAGUCAUGAAAGUUCAGUCAGAUCCUUGAGCAUCUUGACUGGGUGUUGACGUCCAUUACCUGUGUGCACAUAGAGCUUUUGCCAAUUCAUCCUUUUGCAUAGACUCAAUCUACUUCACUGCGAAUUGCCGAAUGGUUCUAUGUUUUUUGGUCUGUUCUAACCCUUUCUUCCAUAUGCCCAACAUUAUACAAAUUUAAUCACAAGACCUUUGGGGCCCAAAGAUAAGUGAAAACAUGAAAUCUGCAAUCUGUUUUUAAAUUGCAUAGAGAGCUUUCCAAACGCUCACAAUGUGGUGCUGAACGAGUUCUUUGUUUGUGCAACAGAAGGACAUCUAAACAGGUAAAGAGGAAACUUGAACUCCAUAUGAUCUAGCAUUUAUUAAUUUCCCAGUUUGUAUCCAGACCAAUUGUAAUAGACUGCAAUAUGUUUAAUGUAGCUUCAUUCUACUCACAUUAGUACUAGGAUUUUUAUCCCUGUUGGAACUGUGUGCAGGGAGAAAUGAGGGCUAUUUCAUACAUUACAAUUUUUCUACAUGGAAUCAUCUCCCAUUUUGGAAACAAUUCCUUAUGUGCAUAUAGUAUUGUUUAUUUGGUGGGCACAGAGUACACUCUCAUAGAGAGUACACAGAGAUCAUUGCAAUGGUUGAAAUGACCCUUAAUUCACACUGGAAAUAAAGCAGCUUUGUUCUGAAAAGGAAGAAAAGCCCUACUUAAGCUGCCUACCAUUGUUGGUCCUGAUAUAUUCUGAUCAUCUUCCAAACAUGUGGAAGACAUGUCAAGGUGCAUUUCGGUAUCACAGUUUUUGACCGUAUGGAACAAAAUGGAGGCUUCUCCACUGGAAUAAAAUGGAGUCUCAUUUCAUCCCUUCUCAUCUGGAUUUCUAUAAAUAGGCAGUGCUAUAGAGUUAUAGGAACAAUACCCUUUGGCAGCAGCUGGCUUUGUGGCACCUUUUAAAGAAAAUACCUCAGCAUAUCUUUAGUUUUGUUUGCAGAAUGGAAAAUCAGGAGAGAGGAACUUUAUAAAUAGUGGAGGUAAUUCUAGUUGUAGAGUUUAGAUAAACUGUUUGAAGCCCUAAUUAUAUAUAUUUGCAAUUCUAUGUUUAGGUUACAACUUUAUAGGGUGGAUUGUGGAAUAAGAAGCAGAAAGAGUUGCCUAUGCUAUAGGGCAGGUAUUGCUGAUAACUUCAUUUUUGCUUGUCUUACCAAAGGAAAUAAUCUGUUAUGCCUGCAUCUGGAAUACUUUGAUUGCCAUUCAUUGUCAGCAUACUACACAGAGUGCAGGUUACACAUUUGAGUUGCUAUAUUCUAGGUUCUUUUAGUGUGCAUAAACUCUGCCUCCCUAUGUGCUGUUGGCAAAUAAGGGUCUUGGGGGAAAAUGUAAAUAUUGAGUAAUCCUUGUGUGGUUGGAGGUAUUCAUAUAAGAAAAUGAAUUAGCAACCGAUGUCAUGCACUACGGCUGUUGUUGAGCCAAGGCAUUUAAUUUUGAAGCAGACUGAUUAUGGUUUGCAUCUUCAUUGAACUGGGAGAACAAAGUGAAAUGGUUCAUUUUAUUCCUGCUUGUCAUGUUACUGAAUGUACUGCUUAAAAAAUAGGUGGAAAGUCUUUUUUAAUAUACUUCCUUUUUGUACUACCAAUGCUUAUACAGUCUAGACCAAAAAUUGCAGAAAAGAAACCAAAAUGAAUGCUAAUCUGCUCCUAGCACCUGAAUAUAGUGUACCUGAACAGAGAUGAAAAUUUAAUGAGACAGUCUUCAAGAGAAAGGAGGAUAUCUUAUUGGGUGGUUUGUACUUUUAAUUGUAGUGGGAGGUUAGGUCUUUUUCCCCCCCUUUCAGCGCAUGAUUUGGAUUUGCAACAGAUUUCCUGUGAGAGUUUGUCUCUUUCCAUCCUGACUGAGCAUCCCUCCAGGGCUUGCCAAGGAAUUUGGGUGUAGAUGGAUGUGCUGGUGGGGGGUUAUAUUUGGGGGAGUGGGUGGGGAUCAGAGCUUCAACUGGAGGGAGAAUUUCCAAUGGCUUUGAUGGGAACCAAAGGCACUGAUAAGUCUUUGUCAACUCUGCUAUUUUCAGAGUUUUUUAAGAGGAAAAGCUGGAUGAACAUAGAGCUUUAGAUUGGUGGCUCUUUAGUCUGAGGAUCUUUUCUCAUGAUGGUUUUCCUGCCUUCUUAUGCACAGGGCUGAUUUGUAUACUUUUUUAAACGGAGGACAUUUUUGUGAUGCAAGUACUGUUCAAUACACCACUUAAGGUCACAGGUUGGAAGUGCGAAAAAUCAACUAUUCUUAAAUAUAAAACAGAAUGUCCUCUCUUUUAAAUCGACUCAAAUGUCCUGUGAGAUCUUUCUGUUCUCAUGGUGGGAAACCUUUCUUUACUCCCCAGAAUAGCAUUGAGCAUUGUCACAUAACAUGUCGUUGGCUUGAUGAAUUCCAUCGGUUAAGCAUAACAUGCUCAUAGACGGAAAAGGGAGAGGGUCUAUAUAUAUAUAUAUAUAUAUAUAUAUAUAUAUAUAUAUAUAUAUAUAAUUGUCCAGCUACUCUUCUUCUGGAAAUCAGCUGGGUUGCAGAACUUCACUGAAAGCUUUACUAAUAGACUUGUUGUUCUGACAUUAUGUAAAGUGGUAUUAAUAUUGUGUGUCUUUUCUAAGAGCUAGAUAGAUUUAUAGAUAAGUGAUAGGGAAAUGGAAAAAUGACUUCUCAAAGAUAAGAGCACUUGGAACAAAAGAUGUGGAAAACAAGGUGUGCUUUUUAAAGAGAACAAAUUUGAGGAAGGAAAUGAAACAACUACUUGGUAGAUGGGAUCUUGAAAGAAAGUGCUACAUUAUAAGGUGAACUAGAAUGUUUCCCCUCUUCUGCCUUAUCUCUCCUCUUCCCUCAGGCCAAAAUAUUAAUCUAACAGUCUGUUAUGCCUCUUCCUCUCAAUGUUUAUACAUCCUGAUUUGCCUCCAUGCCUUCUUCUUCCUUACCAACAUUUUACCAGCCUUUUGCUGUAUAAAAUCUACCAAAACAAGAGCCUUUCUUAACACUUCCUAGCAGAAAUACAUACAAUCCACAGAAGGCUUUAGGUGCAGAUGAUGAAGGGUGCUGGGGACAAGUACUAUGGAAAACCUAGUAAAAAUAUGGAAAACCAGUUUCAUCAAAGAUUUUUAUUAAGUAAACAAAACUUGUUGGUGGCCUUGGAAAAAGGUUUUUGGUGGCAAAAAUCUUAAAAUUGAAAGAAAGUGUUGGCAUAUCUUCUUCUAUGUAUAGUUUUUUUUUCCUGUGGUUUCUAUAUAUGAAUUGAAUAUCAAAUUCUGUUCACAGUAUUUAAUCUGACCAUAGAUCAGUUCUGGUUAUUCAAAGUUCCUUGGAGGAAGAUUUGGGCCUUUUUCUAAAAAUCCUGGCAGUAAGAGGUCAGGGGCAGAAUACAGUUUAGACCAUCGUAGAACUAUUCUGCUCUCCUGUUUCCACCAUAUUGCUGUUCCAUUUCCUUCUUCUGCGAUAGUAGCUAAAGCUAGGUGUGAGUAGUUGUUUAUCCACCACAGGUACGGGAGCUGUCGUAUACCUCAUUUCUAACUCGUAACUGAGUAACUUGCUUUAACUUUCUCCAAACCCUACAGAGUUGCCAAGUCUGCCCUCCCUCUCUUGAUUAACGUUGAACUCUGGCUUAUAGCAUCCCGUGACCGGCAACCUGGGGAGAUACCCCUCCAAGCCUCUGAAUGUCGCUGCUUUAAAGCUACUGCAAACUGAGGGCAAAUUGCAAUCUUUUUAUUUCUUUUGGUUACCAGGGGUCCUCUUGUAGUCUGUGAAUAUCCACCCCCAUCCCUUAUCUGUGCAUGAAACUUAUAUGCUGCCUUCUCCCUCCCCCUGGUGAGACGUCAGGGCUAUAAUGUAUUCAAGGGCCAAGGCAGGACCGUGAAGGCUCUGCUCAGCCAAGUGCUCUAUGCCUAUUGCUCACUACAUUUUUUUGUCUCACUCUUCUUGUAUUUAACUUCUUCCCUUUAUUAUUUGACAAUCUUAAUCCUCAUCUUCAUCCUCCUCCUCCUCCUUUUCUGCACUCUAGGCAAACCAGAAGCUGCAUCCCCAUUCCUUCAACCAUUUUUUUUACUUUGAAUGUAGUUUCCCACCCUUUUGGAAAGAGAAGCUUUGCCAGGUCACGAUGCGCUGCUAUAUGCCGAGGGGGGCGGUUUCUUUGUUUUGUUUUGUUCUUUUCAAAGUUUCCAGCCAAAACCAAAGAUUUCCUAAUGAUUGUAUAAACUCAAAACAAACAAACAAACCAAAGACAAAGGGGUGUCUUCAGCACCAAUCAUAUCUGGAAAACUAGCCCUCGUGGUUGUUGAAAGGGGUAAAUCCCAUUCUGGUUGCUACCUCCCAGUCCUGGAUGGUUUGGUCCACAACUUGUAGAUUCAGAUUCAGCGAGGUCACAUUCAUCCCAUGCUGUGCUAACUGUUUGGGGACCACCAAGAUCUGUUUGGGUUCCUCAGAUCCUAAGGGCAAACAGCCAUGGGGAGGAGCAACGUGGUGGGAUACCUACCUUCCACAGGUUGAUUGUGACGCUGAAGACUUUGGUGCAUGAUUGGCUGCUCUGAUGGGUGCUUUUUAACCUUUUGGGAGCUGGGUGAUAUUGAUUAAUACAUGCUGAGGUGCACUUCUGAGCUCCCCCCCCCCCCCCCCCCACUGCUUGGAAGAGGCUGUCCUGUUGUGGAAAAUCUCUAAAAACAAAACCAUAUUGUUUCUCCUCUUCUUUUUUGUUCAUUAAUUAUUUUUGCAGCACCACUGUGCAACUAUGCAUUGUAUUUCUCAACCUUUUGUGCUAGGUAGAUGUCUAUGACUUUUUAAACUUUGGGGGAGGGGGGUUGCCAAUGAAGGAACUUUUUACAUAUAGCUUUUGAAUCUCAGUUGAUUAGGGGGGUGUUUGAUUCUAGGGUCAUACAAGCUCUAUCCCAAAGCAAAAUCCAAAUGUUAAUAAUAUUAGCCUGAUGCAGAUACCAAAGAUAAUUUCUUUCCUGCAGAACCUUAGACUUGUGUAUUAAGUACAAUUACCCAGCACUUGCAUUAGUCUAACCUCAGUAAUUCCAAAGCUUAGAUGUAUAUUUUGGUAUAUUUCUGGGAUAUUAAAAAUGUUGUUUAAAUUCUUGUUUGUUUCAGUGUAAUGCUCUUAAAAGUCAUAGCAUGGAGAUAACUGAAUUGUCUUAUUCUUAGUAGUUUGAAAUAAUAGUAUUUUUGUAUGUUUUGGGUGUGUCUAUGUAUGUAUUAACACAACAGUUUUCACUGCCUAGGUGUUCAUAAUUGAGGAAAAAUGUACAUAAUCUGUAAUUUCCACCAGAUUGUCAAUUUAGAUUUCAUUUUCUCUGAUUGCCAUUCCCAAUGGGGAAAACUUUAUCCCUUUUUUAAAGAGGCAGCAUGCUUAUAAAGUGGAAAUUAUACUCUUGCCCUCUCCAUAAAUUGCCCUCUCAUUUCCAAAGGCGAAGCAAGAAGCAGAGCAAAUUUGCUAAAUAAGAAAAAUAUGGUCUUAAACUUUUAAUUUGUGCUCUUUGUUUUUUAAAAAGAGGCAUCUUGCCACCAAACUGUGAUUGUGAAAAUCACAUUCCUUUGUCCUUGAAAAAAAAAAUCCUGCCUGAAUGUUGAUUGUCGGACUUCUCGUUGAUCAUCAAGUUAGUUUCCUUCUUGCUUAGAUCCUUUAAAGUAAUCAUUUGUACAGCUUAACUCACCAUUACAUUUUGUAAUUGUGGUGCAUAUAUUCAGAUAAGAUGCAUUCUUACCCAAGUUUGAAUUGGAGAACAUCCUAUUUUGAAAACUGAUGCAUCUCUAAAAAGAUCAAAAGGAUGCUGUCUCUUUAAAAGAUAACUUUCUAUUUUUCCCUUCCAGUGGCUGCCUGCAGGUGGCUGUGGGCAUUGAGAGACUGUGUAGAUUACAGUGAAUCAGGAUGAAAAUGGUAGAGUUUGUGUAGAUGCAUUUGUCUGCUGUAAUUUUUAUAUAUAUAAAACUUACUGUAACUGUACAGUUCAUUUCUGUUGUAAACAUCAUUAAACCAUUUUUCCAAGUGUUUUAACAUG